UUAGACAUUUGUGUGGACACAAGUAGUGAUGUCUUCGUGAGUGUUGUCUUCACAUUCUUCUGGAUGUCAUCGAGUGAUAGUCUUUUGCUGACCUAUGAGUCGAUUGUCGAGUCGUUUGUGUCCACACUAUUGCCCCCAAAGAAGUCAUUUAAAUGUCAUUACAAUGAAUACCACAAAAGUUUCACAACUCAAAGCCGAUUGGAUGCACACAAAGGCCGCAGACAUGCCGUACAAGACAUCACUCCUCGGGAUCCGAUUGUUAGCUCAACCGAUGCCAGAGACCAGUCGACAACAGCCGCAGAUAACGGUCAACAACAGUCAAUGGCCACAACUUCUGUCCCAGUGGUGGUGAACCUACCGGUGCCGAGAAUGGCAACCACUACCAGCCCCGGGAGUCAAUCGUUAGAUAAUAUUAGCGAUGAAGAUUUGGACACUUAUAUGGAUAUCGCGGACACAAUACCGACGGUAAACACCGGCCAAACACUGCCGCCGAUACUCAACACUUCAUUGAUAGACAACAAGCCGUGCCUUAAUUUUACGGCAAAUACUGGUCACACGUCCGCCGAUAACCCGCUGCCAACUACCGGCCAAACUGUCAUUGAUUUGCCGCCAACUCAUGUGUGCCGUAUCGACGGCUGUGGCCUCGAGUUUACCAUUGAAUACACGCUAAUCGCACACCAGAGGGCUGUCCACAAGACAACGGCUGAAGACAUUCACUUCGAGUACGACAUGAGUGGUGUCGGCGGCGGUAUUGAUAGCGCCGUUAGUUUACGGUCCGGUCGUAAACCCCGUAAACGUAAACCCAAAACGUUUUAUAAGUGCAGCGAAUGUUUGCAAAGGUUUGCCACAAAACCCGACCUCAAGAACCACUGGCGGAACAAAACGGUUCACUCGGCCGGCGGUUCGGCGACGGCUACUGUCGACCACCGGUUGGCCGAGCGAUUCAAACGGCACGGCUGUCCGCACGACGGCUGCGACCAAUCAUUUGCCACUAAAAUGGCGCUUAAAGUGCACCGACGGUACGGCCAUUGGGCCAGCGAUAAGCAGUACGGGUGCGACGGCUGUACCAAAUCAUAUAACACCAAACAUAGGCUUGACGAGCAUCGGCUGACUGUCCACUCAUUUAUGGCCACUACAGCAGCCAAUGAUAGACCGGUAGAGACCACGACUGUACUACCGGUGCAGUCAAUCACUGCCACCACUCAUUUAAACAACAGUAAGUCUGACUCUGAUCUCAAAGUGAUGGAUGUGUUGCCGGCGCCCAAACCCACCGCCCAUACAGUGCCUAUGCAUCAGAUUGCUGGACACAAAUCAAACCCGAUAUUCAAUGAUCUCUCAGAUAUAAGUAGUGAUGAAAACAGUUGUCACGAAAUGGACGACAAUCUGCCAAAAGUUGCCGCCAAAAGUCCGUCGGGCGCAUCCGUGCGGCCAAACGUU